AUGGGGUGUCUACUGGAAGUGAUACUGGAUUUGGUAAUGUACAAGACGUACGGUGCACAACUGCAGAUUCUAGUUCGAACCGUGAAGACGUAUCUCAAAACAGCAGACCAUCACCAGAUCACCAUUCUACAGAGUUACUUCGAUCGCUACAAGAAAUUUUUUUCUACAAUCGCGUUUCCAUACGUCUCGAACGGAUUUUCUUUCACGAUAAUGGCGCUGUGCACGAAAAGAGGCCUACCAGUGGACGGCUGGGUUCCGUUCUCCAUCGAACGCAGCGAGAUAUACUCCUGCGUCUUCUUUGUGCAAUCCUACGGAAUUUUCCAAAUUUCCUUCAGCAUCUUCGCUGAUUUCAUGAUCGUCGGACUCCUUUGUUACAUCGCAGCCAGACUGGAUAUAUUAAGCGAGAAGAUGAAACAGGUGACCGACUAUGAUCUGCUGACGAGCUGCAUCAAAGAACACCAGGAAAUAAUCGGAUUUUUCGAGGAUACUAAAGCUGCUGUUCAGACUUUGUUAUUUAAAACGAACAUCACGAUGGGAGGUACUGUUAUAUCCGCAGUUUUAGCGCUGCUUUAUGUUCGAAAUCAGUCGAUGGUUGUGGCGAGUCAGUUUCUCUUUAUAGUGCUAGCGGGUUGUGGACACAUGUAUGUUAUUACUUGGCCAGCGAACGAUUUGAAAGAAAGUAGUCUACGAUUCGCGAUAUCGUUAAAUGACAUUCGAUGGAUCGGAAAGAGUCGAGAAAUGAAGAGUGCUGUACUAAUCAUGAUGCUCAGGAGCCAGAAACCAUUUCUAAUCCCAAUGGCCGGUUUACUCCCACCACUCUCCUUAGAAUAUUUCUCUCAAUUCAUGUCCAGCGUAUUUUCCUACUUUAUGACAAUGAGAUCCAUGCUCGAGCUAUAA